CGAGAAAUAGCCCAUCCCAGCUCAAGAACAAUGGUUCGCCACUAUUGACUUCUGUCCAUAAGAAUCUGAAGAGGUCAAAGCCCGGUUACCACAGGUCUCAGAUCGUCGACUCCCCAAGCUCUGGUUCUCCGGCAUACAUGAAGUACGAGAACAAACUCGUGCUCGCUCCUAUGGUUCGCAUAGGAACUUUACCAUUUAGAUUAUUAGCUGCUGAAUAUGGUGCUGAUAUUACAUAUGGGGAGGAAAUUAUUGAUCACAAACUGGUCAAAUGUGAGCGCAGAGUAAAUGAACAUCUUGGGUCCAUUGAUUUUGUGGAGAAGAAGACAGAAAGUGUUGUCUUCAGAACGUGCAAUGAGGAAAGAAAUAAUGUAGUAUUUCAAAUAGGAACUUCUGAUGCUGUAAGGGCUCUUGCUGCUGCUCAGAUAGUGUGUAAAGAUGUUGCAGCUGUAGAUAUAAACAUGGGAUGCCCUAAGGCAUUUUCUGUGAGCGGGGGAAUGGGAGCAGCACUGUUGAGUAAACCAGAUCUUAUUCAUGAUAUACUGACAACCUUGAAGAGAAACUUGAACACCCCAGUAACAUGUAAGAUUCGACUAUUAAAGUCAUCUCAGGAUACUGUGGAACUAGCUAGGCGAAUUGAAAAAACUGGUGUUUCUGCACUUGCUGUCCAUGGAAGGAAAGUUGCAGAUAGGCCAAGAGAUCCAGCCAAGUGGACUGAGAUAGCUGAUGUUGUAUCAUCAGUAUCCAUUCCAGUAAUAGCCAAUGGUGAUGUUUUUGAGUAUGACGAUUUUCAGCGCAUAAAAGCUGUUACAGGUGCCUCAUCGGUCAUGGUUGCUAGAGGAGCCAUCUGGAAUGCUUCUAUGUUCUCUCCUCAUGGAAAAUUACCCUGGGAAGAUGUAAAAAGAGAAUAUGUUAGAAAGAGCAUCUUAUGGGAUAAUGACAUGAAAAACACAAAGUACACUCUAAAGGAAAUGAUAAUGCAUUAUACUUGUCUUGAGCUCCCAGAGGGGAAGGGUGUGACUAAAUCCGAAUCUUUGGAAGAUCUAGCGCGACAUUAUGGAGAAGAGAAAUACUACGAUUUUGUAAUGAAAAACCGCCAAGUGAAGUAGAUAGAUAAAGUUUUGUAAGGUUUUGUUGCAGAGAGUAGAAAUGAGGGCAACCAAAGUGAUUAUAGAGUGUAUUACUGUCUCUUAUCUAUCCAUGGUAAAUUCAGAAGCCUUGCUGAAUCUGACUACAGGCUGACUCAGAGUUGAACUGGAAUUUAUGUACCUCUAAAACAUCAUUUUUUAAAUUAUUUCUGUACUUUUAGUGUGAGCAAAUGGACACCAUUGAUCAUAGAGCGUUAGCUUGCCAAUCUUUCAAUUUUUUGAAUUUACCAUAAAUAGAUUUGAUACUACGAAUAUCAGUACUUGUGAA